UUUCUUUGAUACUGCAAACUAUAAUUUCUAGGUCCGAACUCCGAGGGUGUAUGUUCUUUUUACUCUUCGAAAUUGUAGUAAAUAAUUUUCCUACAAUUUUCGUAUUUUUGUUUAAGCUGUAAGUAAUUUACUUUAUCAAAAUGUCAAUUCUUAAAAAUGGAAUGAAACUACUGAUGAGUAGAUCAGCUCAAAAUGCAUUGGGAAAUAAAUGCCUUCACACUCCGUCAUCAUUGGACGCCGCUAAAACUGUUAACAUUAAGUCACCAAUUGCUAGGGCAUAUGCUUCUGGUGAACCAAAUGAAGAUAAAUUUUCCAACAUACCAGCUGAACGAAUUACAUGCACAUUAAUUCCUGGUGAUGGAGUCUAUCCUGAGUUAAUGAACUCUGUCCAAACUGUACUGAAAGCAAUUGGAGCUCCUAUUGAUUUUGAAACCAUAUUAUUUUCAGAAGUACAACAUUCUAGCAGUGCUCAAGUUGAAGAUGUUAUCAAAUCAAUCAAUCGCAACAGAAUUUGUUUGAUGGGCGCACUAAUGAGUCCUGAUGUUAGCUAUUCUGGAGAACUUCAAAAUUUACAUAUGAAACUCAGGAAAGGUUUAGAUUUAUAUUCUAAUGUUGUUCAUGUAGUUUCAUGGCCGGGAGUUGCUUCUAGACAUAAAAAUAUAGACAUGGUAAUUAUUCGUGAACUUACAGAAGGAGAAUAUUCAGCCCUUGAACAUGAAUCAGUUGAUGGUGUAGUGGAGUGCUUAAAAAUUGUUACUGCCUCAAAAUCUCAAAGAAUAGCAAAAUUUGCUUUUGAUUAUGCCAUUAGAAAUAAUCGUGAACGUGUUACAUGUGUUCACAAAGCUAACAUUAUGAAACUUGGAGAUGGUUUGUUUUUAAAAAGUUGUUCAGAGAUCAAACAACUAUAUCCCAGUGUCAACUUUGAAGCUAUGAUUGUUGAUAACUGUACUAUGCAAAUGGUAUCCAAUCCUCAACAGUUUGAUAUUCUAGUCAUGCCUAAUUUAUAUGGAAACAUAUUAGAUAACUUGGCAGCCGGUUUAGUAGGUGGAGCAGGUGUUGUUGCUAGCUCAUCUUUCAGUCCUGAAUGUGCUGUGUUUGAACCAGGUGCAAGACAUGUAUUCCAAACUGCUGUUGGUAAAAAUAUUGCUAAUCCGACUGCAAUGUUGAUGUGUGCAUCUAAAAUGUUAAGACAUGUUAAUCUACAACAUUACAGUGAAUCCAUACGAACUGCAAUUAGAGAAGUGCUUGCUGCUGGAAAAGUAAGAACGAGGGAUUUAGGUGGUUCAAGCAGCACUCAUGAAUUUACAGAUGCAGUUAUAAAAGCUAUUGUUUAAAUUAUUAUUAUUACCUUAUUUUUUCGAGUUAAACAUAAAAUUUUCUUGUAAUAA